AUGACCUUGAAGGUUGGAAUCAUUGGUGCCGGCAUCGUCUCGAUUACAAACUCGUGUGCUCAUCGGGUGUUGCAUGUGCGGUACCGCACCACAUUUUUUGAAUUACGCUCGUCAGCAAGUUCGUGCCGUCUUUGCUGUCUUUAUAGAGAUAUUGUCUUGGAUUGUGUAAGAGGUCACCUCCCUGGAAUCUCAGAGGCAUUGUUCAAGGACGAAGCUGAGGAGAAGUUGAAACUUGAGGAAUUGGUCGUGACAAAACGUUAUGAUUGUCUUACCAUCCAAGUAAAAGAACAAGAAGUCACUUUUGAUGUAUUUAUGGACGGAAAGGCGGAUGCCUUCGAAGUUGUAGGAGAGCGUUUUGGCAGAAGCUACCGUGUUGGGCGAUAUACGAACUCGAGGGAAAGUUUUGAACGCGCAAGAGAAUGGUUAUCCGAGUGCUUGGCCGGGCACGCCUGUCCUAGGCCCAUUACUACAGGAGUACCACUACCAAAAAGGCUGCUUAUGGUUGAGGGCGCUCUCGAUGACCCUGUCAGAUUGAUAGAGACCGGAGGAGAUGAGCUCCCUUACGUCUGCCUGAGCCAUCGCUGGGGCGAUCCUAGAAACAAACAGCUCAAAACAACUGCACAGACAGUCAAAAGCCACAUGAAGAAGAUCGAGUGGAUGGACCUGCCCGCUACAUUCCUGGAUGCUGUAACGGUUUGCCGGUCAAUGGAUGUUAAAUAUCUUUGGAUUGAUAGCUUGUGUAUUCUACAAAGCUUUGCAGAAAUAACACCUGACGAGCUCAAAGUCACUAGGCAGGACUUUGCUCAAGAGAACUCUACAAUGGCGAGGACGUAUCAAAACUCCCAUUUUACCAUCUCCGCUGACCUCUCGGACCACAUGGACAGUGGCUUCUUUUCCAGAGAUCCCGUUAAUGAGUAUAGAAAGGAAGUUACCACCGAUAACGGGGAUCAAGCAUUUGGAUACAUCAGGGAGUCCAUCAAUCACUACCAAGAUGAUAUCCCAUGUCUGGAGACACGCGGCUGGACUCUGCAGGAAUUCCUCCUUCCCCCACGCGUGCUUCACUUUGGCGAGUUCGACAUUGCCUGGAGAUGCAAAACACGAAUCACUUGCGAAUGCGGGCAUCUAGACAGACAAGAGACAAAGCAGUUGCCCUGGCAUCGAUUUCACAUGACUGAAGAAGCUGCCAAAGCUCCCCCGGAUGACUCAGAAGGUGCUCUCGAGCGGUGGGAGCAGGUAGUUCACGAAUACACAAGCCGCCAAUUGACCAACGCCUCUGAUAAGCUUCCGGCGUUAUCAGGCCUAGCUCAACAGCGAAAGCAAGUUAGAGGCGGUGUCUAUCUCGCGGGAUUGUGGCAAGACUCGCUUCUCCAUGAUCUCUGCCGGUACCAUGUCUCUAAUUACAACGUGGCAACUUCAGGUGGUGUAGGCCACAGACCUCCGUAUUACCGUGCGCCUUCAUGGUCUUGGGCCGCUGUUGAUACUGAUUCAGGCUGUAGCUGGUGGUGGCCCGGGUCAAUCUGGCUUCAUCCGAUUCAGUCAACCAAGGGGCCAAAACAGGCAUGCGUUAUCCUGGAAGUAAGCUGUGAGCCUGCAACGACUGAUCCCACGGGCGAGGUCCGAAGGGGAUUCCUGGAUAUCAAGACGUCGUUGACAUCAGCUGAGAUCUGCCGGGAUCCUGAAGGGGAGGUUUUGUGGACCAUCCACAGACUUGACCCUUCACUCAGAAAAGGAUUCUUCAAGCCUGAUUGCGUGCUUGAGGACGAUGGUCUGAAAUUUGGAGAUCAGGUGUUUUGUGCCCCGAUCGCUGGGAUCACAAACUCUCGUAGGGUUGACAGCGAUACAUACCAACGAGUCGGCUUUUGCACUAUCAAUGCAAAGCAUAAGAGUGUUGGCUCUUCUCAGGAAGAUACUAUGGCUUCUGAUCUGGAGACUUUUGCGUGGCCGGACAGUGCACAGGUGCGGAUCAGAAUCGUAUAA